AUGAGAGGGUUCUGGGACUACCAAGACCUUCGGAAACGCCUCAACAAUCUCGAGAACAAGCUGGUGGAAGAAACCUUGUCAUGGCCCGAAACAGGACUCGAGAUGGUCGUCAAGGAUGUUGGGAUUGCAGUCAGUCUUCGGGGACAGCAUAGUCAGAUCGUCUCUCAAAUAAAACGCAUCACGGAGUCGAUGGUCGAGCUGGAGAUGGUCAACGACAACCCAUUUCUCUGGCGACUGACAUACUUUGGUCGACCGAUGACCCGGUUUGAUGGUGGAGUCUUGCGAAUCAAGAUCUACAUCAGUCCCCGUCACCCGGUCGAGCAGCCGCGGGUGUUUUUGGAGACUCCAAUCUUCCACAUCCGUGUUUCGCCCAAGGGUGCUUUGAUCUAUCUUCCGGCACGUGCGGAGGAAAUGUCGCGCCAUAUCGAAGGAAUCAUCAACACUCUGGAGGAAGAGGCACCGCCCUAUAACCCCCCUGAUGACUGUGAACCCGGAAGCGACCAAGCUCUGCUGGGGCUCUAA